GUGUUGGGCUCGGAUGGUAUUUUCGAGGUUUUAUCUGACGAUGAAGUCGUCAACCUCAUUCUAUCUCGCCUUCCUCCAACGCCGGCGGAGGCUUCUCAGUUGGUAGUAGACGAGGCCGUUGCCCGGGGGGGCGAGGACGACAAAACCUGCACGGUUAUUUACUUUCGUUGGAGGAAAGACCUCUUCCCCCCUGUCCAAGCGACAGAAGGAACAGCAGCACCAGCAGAACCAGGAACAGCAACCCAAAGCCACACAGCAAAAGGAGUUUCGACGCUGACGGAGGAUAAACGGCAUACACCGGGCACUACGACAGACACAGACAGCGACGGAGACAGUACGAGUGAGACAGACAACAAGCACCAAGGCAACACACGAACAAGCAGAAGCGAAGAAAAGCAGCAAGGUGUUUUCGGACGGCAGCAACACAUUACAGAAAACUCCGCUCAUGCAGAGAAGGAACAAGAAGCACGAGGAACUGGCAGUCCUUCCACGACGAACAGACGGCAGAAAGAUGACUCCCCUAUCAAGCCCGUAUCCAACAGCAGCAGGGAGGAGUGUGAUCCUGCAGGCGCCGAAGCAUCAGGCGGAUGGCAGCCAGGUUCCCCAUGCAGUGCGGACUUGGGGCAAGAGGCGUCAGCAGAAGCAGCAGCAGCACUAGGAGGAGCAGCAGCAAAGGUUGAAGAGCCAGCAGGCAAACGCAUCCGAACGAGCGGCUUAGAAGAAAUUGCAGCCAUAAGAAGCAACGUUGACGUGGAAGCCCUCAUCCGCAAGCGCAAGCGGGAGCAGCAGAUGGAAGCCGAAGCGGCAGCUGCAGCUGCUGCAGCCGCAGCUGCUGCUGCAGAGGAGCAGGAUGACUUUGAUAUGUUUGGAGCAGCAGAUUGA